AUGAAGAUGAUGAUUAAAGAAAAAGAAGAAGAAGAUGAUGAUUCAGAAAAUGACAGAGUCUAUGUUUGGGUUCUUCAUGAAUGUUUCUUGGAGGAGGAAACCACAUGGGAAGGUUCAAAGAAACCCAUGAUAUUCUUGGUGGACAAAUUACCGAAUCAUAUAAUAUGGGAUAUCAUGAGCAGGUUGGAGAUGACAAAUGAUAGAAACGCAGCAUCACUAACAUGUAAGCUCCUCUAUCAAAUAGAUAAAAAGCAAAGAAAAUUUCUUAAGAUUGGCACUGGACUAAACCCAGCAAACGAAGCCUUGGUUUUGCUUUGUAAUAGGUUUAAGAAUCUCCAAAACAUUGAGAUUUCAUAUGAUGGUUGGAGUCCUGCAUUAGGAAAAAUGUUGGACGACGAUGGUAUCCUAUUACUAUCCAAACAUUGUCCUAAUCUGAAUGAGCUUUCAUUAAGCCAUUGCUGUUCUCUGAGUGAUUACAGUCUUAUGUCAACUGUGUCUUUCUCAAAUCUUUCCUCUUUGAAGUUGAGUUUUAUGCCGGGGAUAACGGCAACUGGGUUAAUGUAUUUAUUUGCAAGAAACAAAAACCUAAGACUUCUCCAUAUUAUCCAAUGUGGAAAUGUCACAAGCUUGGCAUUUCUUGCAAAUCAUCAAGUACUUGAAGAACUAUGGAUUAAGAACUGUGUUGGGGUUCAUGAGUAUGAAUUAUUCAGUAUGGGGCAGAUAUGGCGUAACUUAAGGCUUUUAUGGUUCGAGGCUGUUCGCAAUAUUCGAGACGACGAGAGCAUGAUUGGUUUAAUUGAGGACGGAUAUUUGCAGCAAGACUUGAUAUGUUUUGAUAGUUUGGAACAACUUUAUCUGAAGAACUGUGUUUUCAAUUCUGGAAGAGAAGGCAUGGCUUGUCUGCUAGAAAGGUCUAGGAAAUUGAAGUUUGUUGAUUUGGAUAUGUGUUUUGGGGUGAGUGAUUUUAAUCUUCACCAAUUAUCUCUACAAUCAAGUGAUCUUCGAGCAUUUAGGAUUAAGACUCGUUCAGAUAUCAUUAUCCCAUAUUCAAGUUUGAAGGAUAUAGCUACAAAUUGUUCUAAACUUGAAUGGGUAUCUCUUAGUUCUGAUUCAGAAAUGCCCUGUUUUUCACCAUACAAAUAUGAUGGAAUUAUGUCAUUGAUCGAAAAAUGUCCUCUAAGUUACCUUUCAUUGGACUUGACAUACCCUUUUAAUGAUGUUGGGAUGAAAGCUCUUUCUUCAGCUCAAUUCCUUGAAACCUUAGAAAUCAUGAGAUGUCAGCAGAUCACAGACGAGGGAAUGAAGGUUUUGAGUGGUCUCCCAAAUCUGCGUUAUUUGUUUAUAGUCAAAUGUUUGGGGAUCACCGACAACGCGUUCAAGCCGCUGUUUGAAUCUUAUAAACUCGAUGAGUUGGGUGUAUUUGAUUGUCCCAACAUAUCCCCACAAGGAGUUUGUGGAAGAGGAAUUGCAAGCUGUGUGAGGUACAGACAGGAUUUGACUUGGAUGCUUUGA